UAAUCCGGCUUUAUUCGAUCCGCCUCUAGGGGGCGCUGCGCUGUUCCGCCUGUUCAGCGUUGUCCCUCUGUGACUCUUAAGGCGUCGCAAAAUGGCGUCGCUUUGGACACAAAGUGCACUACGUAGGGCGUAGGACGCGCGGCGACACACGCCCUUCGUAGAGUGUCGGGAUAGUGAGUAGGGAGCUGUUUGGGAUCGAUCCGCCGUCGACUUCCUUUUAUUGCGGGGGUUUGAUGGCGGACAGCGGGCCGUAGCGGGGGAAACAGUUGUGCCUUUCGCCCAGUUUGGCCGAGAACCGACGCCGUAACUUGACCCGGUGCUAACCGUGCUGUUUGAUUGGUGCCUCGGCUGGUCCUUGUGAAGAACCACCAGUCAAUGGCUCUGAUGGACAAACACAAAGUCAAACGACAGAGACUGGACCGAAUCUGUGAAGGCAUUCGCCCACCCAUCUUAAACGGGCCCAUGCACCCUCGCCCUCUGGUGGCACUGCUGGAUGGCCGGGACUGCACAGUGGAGAUGCCCAUCCUGAAGGAUGUGGCCACUGUGGCCUUCUGUGACGCUCAGUCCACUCAGGAGAUCCAUGAAAAGGUUCUUAAUGAGGCUGUAGCUGCAUUACUGUAUCACACCAUCUCGCUAUCACGAGACGACCUUGACAAGUUUAAAGGACUUCGCGUCAUCGUGAGGAUCGGCAGCGGAUUUGACAACGUGGACGUUAAGGCCGCAGCAGAGCUCGGUAUUGCAGUGUGUAAUGUGCCAGCUGCGUCGGUGGAGGAGACGGCAGACACUUCUAUGUGCUUGAUCCUGAACCUGUACCGCCGGGUUGCCUUUAUGCACCAGGCCCUGCGCGAGGGCACUCGAGCUUCCAGCGUCGAGCAAAUCCGAGAGGUGGCAGGUGGAGCAGCUCGCAUCCGAGGAGAGACGCUGGGAAUCAUCGGCCUCGGACGUGUUGGCCAAGCAGUGGCUUUGAGGGCAAAGGUGUUUGGUUUCGGGGUUAUUUUCUACGACCCGUAUCUGCCCGAAGGGGUAGAAAAAUCACUGGGGCUUCAGCGCAUGGCCACACUGCAGGAUCUGCUCAUCCACUCUGAUUGUGUGUCUCUUCACUGCAGCCUGAACGAACACAACCACCACCUCAUCAACGACUUCACUAUCAAACAGAUGCGUCAGGGUGCGUUCCUGGUGAACACCGCGCGAGGGGGGCUGGUGGAUGAGAAAGCUCUGGCUCAGGCACUGAAAGAGGGCAGAAUACGCGGCGCAGCUCUCGAUGUCCACGAGACAGAGCCCUUUAGCUUCUCACAGGGGCCUCUAAAGGAUGCCCCUAAUCUGAUCUGCACCCCACACACAUCCUGGUACAGUGAGCAAUCCUCCAUUGAGGCGAGGGAGGAGGCAGCGCGGGAAGUACGCAGAGCCAUAACGGGCCGUAUUCCUGACAAUCUGAAGAACUGUGUGAAUAAGGAGUAUCUGAUGGCAGCUUCCCAGUGGCCCUCUAUGGAGACUGCAUCUGUGCAUUCUGAACUCAACGGAGCAGGAUACAGGUUUCCGUCAGGUCUGAUUGGUGUAACCCCAGGAGCUCUGCCUGGUGCAGGGGCAGGAGUCGAGGGCAUGGUGGCCAGCACACUGCCCGUUGGCCAUCCCCUCGCCCCGAUCUCACGCCCACCACACACCCCAUCACCUGGGCAGCCAACCAAGGUGGAGGCUGACAGAGACGUCCCUUCUGACCAAUAGCAUCCCAACACAUUCCAUCGUUGCCCCAGCGAUGCCCUUUUCCUCCCUCUUUUCUUUAAUUUCUUUAUUAUUAUUUUUUUUUAAAGGGCUCGAUCCAUGCCGAUGCCCUGCUUUUGAUGUAACACCAGGGUCAAUCCAGUCAAACAGAACACACAAGUCCAGACAUGACCCAGUCGAAAACAUUUCCCCCCCCGACCUCUUUUUUCCCUUUCUUCAUUGUCAUAUCUGUUUCUUUUUCCACCUGUGCAGCAAGCAAUAACUCUCUUUCUCAAGGAUUCAGUCAUUGGGUUGUUUUUGUUAGAAUUAGUAGAAAAAAAAAAAAACUUUUUUAAUUUUUAUUCCUUUUUGAAUCUGGACUAGUUGGAAUUUGUUUCUGAGUAGUGUCUUCUACCUGAUUUCUGUCUCUCCAGCCGAUUUAAUAGUGAACUGUUCUUUUAUUUCCUCCCGAGCAUACAUUUGUGAUCCCCUCUUAGUUUUUUUUUUAUAGUUUUGACCCUUGAAGCAAAGUGGAAAAGCUGGAUUAAGUCAUCUGAAUUACUUUUAGACCAGCUAACAAUAGCCAUACCUUUCACACCCGGAUUAGAACGAUGUGAGAAACGACGUGUUGCGGGCCCGUGCCGGACAGCGAAUCGGGACCCACGUUUCCCUUCGUGUUGAGGACAUGGUAUCCAUCUUCUCCGUCUUAAAGAUGACCGAAGGAGGACAAACUCACUCAUUUCCUGUAAAGCUUGUUGGGUAUCUGUUCAGUCAUAUGCUUCACUGUAUCAAUAAUGUAUGGCUAAGUGACAUGCAAGUCUCUGUAAGAGCAUCAUAAAUGACGUUUUUGUGUACAGCUUUUUAUCUCCUCACCUUUUCCACAGAGCUCUCCGACGUUAACAGUGUAGAUGUAUGAAAUCUCUAUUUUAUGUGUGCAUUUCUGAACUCCACUAUGAUUUAUGAUUCUCUUAUAAAGACCGUGUGAUUGGGAAUAUUCAGUACGCUGUGUCUUUACACUUAAUUUUUCAUCGGUUUCACUGUCAACUAAAAAAAAAAGAAAAGAAAAAAAAAAAAAAAGAAAUGGGUGGGGAAACGGAAGCACAUUUUCAUAGUGUCUUAAAAAAAACGCAGCUGUUCCGCUUGCUGAAUUUCACCUUGCAUUUAAAGUCUCAUGAUACUUUG